CAUUAGCUGAAACAGUGUUCUCUUCAUAUUUGCUUUCCGAAGUAUGUUGAUUACCUUCUUUAGUCCAUAAUGCAUGCAUCCGAGUUUUUCCCCGGUUUCUGAUUAGCCCUCAAUCCAGAUCUGGUUUUCAACUUCUUUCUUUCAUGUAUGGCUGCCCUUUUUGUCCAAUGUCUCUUGCACAACAUAUGGCUCUGCUGAUAUGAACAUAUCAAUUAUACACAUAUGAACAUUUCAGAUAUUAUCUACACCAAUUCUGUUUUGCUGCUUGGUCUCUCCUUAAUCUCAAUUUUUCUGCUUUUGCUGGAACUCCAGUAGCGCUGCAGGCUAUGUUAUGCCUCUUUCUUUACUUGUUUAUUUAGUGUCAGAAUAGCAAAAUGUUGAAGGUUCAAGAUGACACUCAUAGCUAGGUGCUAGUACUGCAUGUACACACCAAUUUCAUCUUUGAUCAGGUUGAUAAUUUCUGACUAAAAAUUCAAGAAGUACUCUCUUGUUCUCUUUUUCUAUAUGAAAUUUAGAUUUGUAUAAUUUUCUCUUGGGGUGUCAAUUUUGUUCCUACAUUUUCUCAUAAUCUAAUCUAGCACUUCUUCCUGUAAUUCUUGUAUGAUUCCUCUUGAGUUUGCUGUGCCACUACAUAUGGACAUUAAAAUGAAGCCAUCAAGCAAUAUCAGCGUAUUAAUCUGAUCCCUAAUUAGCGUGUAUGUGCUUAAGCCUGGGGUUAUACCCGGCCCUAUACUGUUUGCUCUGCAGAUACUCACUACUACUUUGACCAGGGAGAACAAUGGUGAGACCCAAGAAUGGUAUCAAGGAAAAAAGGCCUUCAUUUUUCAAGGUUAUUAUUCCAGGCUACUCCACUCGAUAUUUGAGGAUCCCACCACCGUUCUUGGAGCUUAUAAGUAAUGACCUAUCUGGUGAAGCAACAUUGAACUCCAACACUUGUUCAGAGUGGUCCUGGAAUGUUGGAGUAACUAAAACAAUACGAAGUGUGUAUUUCAAGGAUGGUUGGCAGGAGUUCCUAAAAGAUAACUCUGUGGAAGAUGGCGACUUUGUGGUAUUCGAGUAUGAAGGAAACAUGAAUUUCAAUGUACAGAUUUUUGAUAACAGUGGUUGUGAACGAGACUGUUUUCCUAACAUCGGAACACCCAAAAUAUCCUCUUUUGCUGAGAAGAAAAGGCAUCCUAGUACACCGAGGAAAUCAGAUAUUUGUUGUUCUAAGUGUCACCUCCAGCUGAACUCUAGAAAAGACAGUUCAGAUAACAUAGCUAAGCAAAGGCUUCCUGGUAGGCCUAGAAAAUCCCAUAUCGGUUGUUCUAAGCGGCACCCUUGCCCAUCGAACUUUAGAAAAGUCAGUGCAGAAUCUUUCAAGUCCAACUAUCCUCAUGUCACAUUAGCCAUUAAAAAGACUUAUUGUGUGUACUCAUUCCCCACAUCCUUCUAUAAGGAGCAUCUCUCUCCAGGCAAUUAUGAAGUUGUAUUCCUGAAAAUUGCAGAAGGGAAAAAAUGGUACAAAGUGAAGCUUGUAAGAUCGAUCGCAACAGCCUUCAUGUCGAAAGGGUGGUCUAAGUUUGCACGUGCUAAUCAAAUCAAGGUCGGAAAUGUUUGUGCUUUUGAAGUUGUGGAAGAAAACAAAUUGGUGGUUCACAUAAUCCAGGAUUGAUAAAUCUGAAGCUGUAAGAUCAUCUUCAGCUUUUUAAACUAUUGGCACUUGCUUAUUGCCUUUCUACUAUUGUGGCUCUUAUGUAGCCUAUUGCAUUGGAUUUCUUUGCACUUUAGUACCUGCACUGUUCUCUUC